GAACGACUGUCAGUCCCCCAAAGCCACGAUGCUCACGGGGAACUGUAUUAACGGCCUUAAGACGGCCCACACAUCCUCACUUUAUAUUGGAACUGUCAUGAGAGACUUGCGUCUGUCUCCCCUCCCCAGUCAUGCAGAGCGUAUCCAGCUUGACGUCGUUGUCCCUUCUCACACUGCUGGGCGUCUAUGUCGUCCGAUGGUUCCUCAGACCCAAGAACGAUCUGGGCCGGCUUCCUAGCCCUCCUUCGGAGUCUUGGCUGUUUGGACAUCUCCCGCAGCUGCUCCUCACCACUAACUACGGCGACAACGAGUUCCGAUGGCAGAGGGAGCACGGGCCGGUGUAUCUGCUGCGUGGUGUGCUCGGCCAAAAGCGACUGAUGCUCUCCGAUCCCGUGGCCAUCAACCAUAUCUUCCGCAGCGACGAUGUGCAGUUCUCUCCCAUGUUGAUGGCGAUGGACAAAGCCCUCUACGGAGAUGACGAUGUGUCUGCCUCAAGAGGAGAGGCCCACAGGCAGCUCCGAUCCGCUCUCAACCCCGGAUUCACGCCGGCGAUCGUCAAGAGCUACCGGGACAUAUUUGAGAAUGUCGCGCGAGGCGUCACUGUCCAACUGGAGGGGGCUUUGGCGCAGCGCAAGAACGCGCUAGUGAACAUUUCCCCCUUGCUCUCCGAGGCAACGCUGUCGGCCAUCUCACAGGUUGUCCUCGGUCUCUCGCUCGAUGAUCUUGGGCCCUCAUUCGUGGACGUCAGUUCGCAAGUACUCGCACUCGCGUCCGGAUUAGGCCGGAUGCAUUUCAUCGCGGAUGCCUUCGCUGUCGUGCUCCCCGGUCUCCUGAAGUAUCUCUUGCGUUUGCCCGUCCAGCGCUUCGCCUCUGUGCACCAAGCGAGGGUGCUCUCAGAGGAGGUUGGGAGACAGACGAUCGCCGCGCGCCUCAAUUCUGGGGUUCUCGAAGAGAAGGAGAGUGAUCACUUGUUUGGCAGGAUCCUGACGGAGAACGCGAAGAAGUCCCUCUGCCCCGAACUCCUCGCCGCGCAAACGAGCAUUCUGAUGAUCGCUGGCCAGGACACGACGGUUCGGGUGAUCAAACUCAGCUCUUCCCCGCAUCCUGACGUCGGUCAGGCAAACACGCUCGCUUUCGCACUCAACGAGCUCGCGAAACGCCCCGAGGUCCAAUCACAGCUGCGAGCGGAAGUGCUGGACGCGAUUCAGGACACGGAGAUCCGAUACGAUGCGAUGCCGUUUCUCAAUGCUGUCGUCAAGGAAGCACUGCGCAUGCACCCUGCCGAAGCCCUGGCCGAUAAGAUAGCUUUGCGCGAUGUGACGAUCCCCUUGGGCACACCGGUACGGCUGUCGAACGGACGUACUGCAGAGCAGCUGGUCAUUCCCAAGGGCCAGCUGAUUACCAUCGCUAUUGGCUCGUAUCAGCGGUCGGAGGGACGAUGGGGUCCCGAUCCUAACCAGUUCGAUCCCAGUCGGUGGCUCGAUGGCAAGGUUGCAGCUACCGGGGAAACGAUGGCGUUGAGUCCGUACGCUCAUCUAUUGAGCUUCUACGCUGGCCCUCACACAUGUCUCGGCUGGCGUUUCGCUGUCCUGGAGAUGCAAGUGAUCCUCACUGAGCUGGUGUCCAAGUUCGUGUUCCAGCUCCCAGACGACCCGGCACUGCGCAUGCGAGCCGUGCUCGUCAACACGCUGAUGCCCGCCGAUGCGGAAGGGAGGAAACGGGCGAUGCUUUGUGUCAGCCCGCUUUGAGAGGAAGCACGUACGCGCUGUACUGUACGUAUGAUGUGCGGGGCCGUUUUCUACUGCAGCGACAUACCGUACAUGUAACUGAGAUUUGAGAUGUAUGAUAUGUAAUGAGCAAUGCAGAGCUAGCCUCUAGGCCAGAGGAUCUCGAAAUAGGAGAAAACUUUACCAUCAAUGUCUUCGUCGCUGUCCGGCCCGUACCGGGGCGCGCGGAACGGGGGAAGCGCCAGUCCGGCACUUUCGAGGGAGAGGAAAAGACCCGUGGAAGAUGGUCGAGUCACCCCUUCGACAUCAGAAUACAGUACACAAGGCGAUUAGAA